UGUGCAGGGCACCCCUCCGCUCUAAGGAAGCUUUUUGAGGGCCGGAUGCCGAGAUGUGUGUGGGAAGUGGCUGGUACCGUACCGCUAACCGCGCCAAGAAACGGCAUAACACUCCAUUCCUCGGACCCUGAAAAAGUAACUGUGGGUGGGGGCUGGUAAGACCCAGUAAACAGCACAAAACAGAUACAAGGCUGAACCAACUCCAAUCUCACUUGCUCCGCCCCCAAUUAUCUUGCAACGUAGGGGGCGUGGCCGUAGGGUAGGCGGGUCCGCGCACGCGCCGCGUCUGGGUGUAGGGGUUCCGGAAAUGUGACUGAGAAAUGAGAUGGAGAAGUACGAGCGGAUCCGAGUGGUGGGGAGAGGUGCUUUCGGGAUUGUGCACCUGUGCCUGCGCAAGGCUGACCAGAAGCUGGUGAUCAUCAAGCAGAUCCCAGUGGAGCAGAUGACCAAGGAAGAGCGGCAGGCAGCCCAAAAUGAGUGCCAGGUCCUCAAGCUACUCAAUCACCCCAACGUCAUUGAGUACUAUGAGAACUUCCUGGAGGACAAGGCCCUCAUGAUUGCCAUGGAAUACGCACCAGGUGGCACCCUGGCUGAGUUCAUCCAAAAACGCUGUAACUCCCUGCUGGAGGAGGAGACCAUCCUGCACUUCUUUGUGCAGAUCCUGCUCGCGCUCCAUCACGUGCACACCCAUCUCAUCCUGCACCGGGACCUUAAGACUCAAAACAUCCUUCUUGACAAACACCGCAUGGUUGUCAAGAUCGGGGACUUCGGCAUCUCCAAGAUCCUUAGCAGCAAGAGCAAGGCCUACACGGUGGUGGGCACUCCGUGCUACAUCUCCCCUGAAUUGUGUGAGGGCAAGCCUUACAACCAGAAGAGUGACAUCUGGGCCCUGGGCUGUGUCCUCUAUGAACUGGCCAGUCUCAAGAGGGCUUUCGAAGCUGCGAACCUGCCAGCGCUGGUGCUGAAGAUCAUGAGUGGCACCUUUGCACCUAUCUCUGACCGGUACAGCCCUGAGCUGCGCCAGCUCGUCCUCAGUCUGCUCAGCCUGGAGCCCUCACAGCGGCCACCGCUCAGCCACAUCAUGGCACAGCCACUCUGCAUCCGCGCCCUCCUCAACCUCCACACCGACCUGGGGAGCAUCCGCAUGAGGAGGGCAGAGAAGUCCCUGGUCCCAGGGCCACCCAUGGCCCCCGGCAGCACAGGGAGCAGGACCACAGGCGCCCGCUGCAGGGGUAUACCCCGGGGACCCGCACGGCCGGCCAUUCCGCCACCGCUGUCGGCGGUCUACGCGUGGGGCGGUGGGCUCAGUGCCCCGCUACGGCUGCCGAUGCUCAACACAGAGGUGGUCCAGGUGGCAGCUGGGCGCACGCAGAAGGCGGGCGUCACGCGCUCGGGGCGCCUUAUCCUCUGGGAGGCCCCGCCCCUAGGCGCCGGAGGGGGCGCGCUCUUGCCCGGGGCCGUGGAGCAGCCGCAGCCCCAGUUUGUCUCCCGUUUCCUGGAGGGCCAGUCGGGCGUGACUAUCAAACAUGUGGCCUGCGGGGACCUCUUCACAGCCUGCCUGACCGACCGAGGUAUCAUCAUGACCUUUGGCAGUGGCAGUAACGGGUGCCUAGGCCAUGGCAGCCUCAAUGACAUCAGCCAGCCCACCAUUGUGGAGGCGCUGCUGGGCUAUGAGAUGGUGCAGGUGGCCUGUGGGGCCUCUCACGUGCUGGCCCUGUCCACAGAGCGAGAACUAUUUGCGUGGGGCCGCGGAGAUGGUGGCCGGCUAGGACUGGGCACCAGGGAGUCCCACAGCUGUCCCCAGCAGGUAUCCAUACCCCCAGGACAGGAAGCCCAGCGGGUUGUAUGUGGCAUUGACUCCUCCAUGAUCCUCACCGUGCCUGGCCGAGCCCUGGCUUGUGGAAGUAACAGGUUCAACAAACUGGGCCUGGACCACUGCUCCCUGGGGGAGGAGCCUGCCCCCGACCAGCAGGUAGAGGAGGCCCUGAGCUUCACACCACUAGGUUCCGCACCCCUGGACCAGGAGCCCCUGCUGAGUGUGGACCUGGGCACUGCUCAUUCAGCUGCCGUCACUGCCUCUGGUGACUGCUACACUUUUGGCAGCAAUCAGCAUGGGCAGUUGGGCACCAAUGCCCGCCGGGUCAGCCGGGCACCUUGUCAAGUCCGAGGCCUGCAGAACAUCAAGACAGCGAUGGUGGCCUGUGGGGAUGCCUUCACUGUAGCCAUUGGGGCAGAAGGCGAAGUGUACUCUUGGGGCAAAGGGGCCCGAGGUCGACUGGGAAGAAGGGAUGAGGAUGCUGGACUCCCUCGGCCAGUGCAGCUGGAUGAGACGCACCCUUACACAGUGACUUCUGUGUCCUGUUGCCAUGGAAACACUCUGCUGGCCGUUCGCCCGGUUACGGAUGAGCCAAUCCCACCCUGAGGCACCUAGAUACACCUCUGGACCUGGACCACCCUGCUGUUGCUUCUCCUCUGAACAUUCUUGAAAUGUGCGGAUGCCUGCAACAAGACUGUCCCCACCAGCCCCUGGCUGGUCAUUAACCCGGUAGAAGAACUAGUGAGGCGCCCACUCUCCUUUGGCCCUGGAUAUGAAAACCUCAACCCACCCUGUUCCCCCAACAACUCUCUUUUCUCUCCCCACCCCUCUUCUCUUAAGUUGGUGUCCCCAGGGACCAGGCUGGCUAGACCUGGAAACCAGACCUAAGUUUGGGAAGCAGGGUGGUCUCCCGACUCUUGGCAGAAAAAAGCUGGAGGUGACUGUGGCUCCAUCCAGAUCAUGCCCUUUCCCCCAGCCCAGUUAGAAAAUAAAUCGCUGGUGCCCCCUGCGAGAGCAGCUCUACUUUGGAGCAGGGCAAGCCCAGUCCUGCCUGGACUGGCCAUCCUGGCAGCCUAGCUUCUGCAUUGCCUGGGGCAGGGAGUCUUGCCACCUACCCCCCACUCGGUAACCUGAGGCACGGAUUAGCACAACUUCUGAGCUCUUUCGUCCCCUGUCGACUGGAAAUGCAUCUGCCAAGGGUACCAAAGUGUCUACUGCGGAGCUAAUCCCUGCUGAAGGUUGCCUCUCACCCCACACCCCAGCCUUUCCCCCAAAGCAGGUUGGGAGGAAGGGUUGCUGGCUGGGCCAGACCAGUUUUCCAGAUGACUGGGAAAUAGCGCCAAUAAAAACAUCAGCUGCCUGCC